GCCGAAGCUCGCUCGCACCGGGCUUUUUCGCCCGGUGAUUGAUGUCCCAGAGUCAACAGCGAGCGAGCAGCCGAAGAGGGGAAGGAGAAGCCGGAGAGGGGAAGAAAACGACGCCCCCUCUCUCCCUCCCCUCCUCCCUACUUUAGCCCUUCUGCGCACUUUGCCUCCAAGUCUACGCUCAGCCAGGAGCCGCUGUUGCCUCUGCGACCCAGCUCACUGCCCUCGGAGCCAAGCACAGCGAGCGCCGCCGCCCGGGCCCCCCCGUGGGGCCGGGGCCAGCAUGGAGCACCUGGGUCCGCACCACCUCCACCCGGGCCACGCGGAGCCCAUCAGCUUUGGCAUCGACCAGAUCCUCAACAGUCCGGACCAGGGCGGCUGCAUGGGGCCCGCCUCGCGCCUCCAGGACGGAGAAUACGGCCUUGGCUGUUUGGUCGGAGGCGCCUAUACUUACGGUGGCGGGAGCUCCGCGGCCGGGGCGGGGGCCGGGGGCGCGGGAGCCUACGGUGCUGGCGGUCCAGGCGGCCCUGGCGGCCCGGGCGGCCCAGCUGGCGGCGGCGGCGCCUGCAGCAUGGGUCCACUGGCUGGCUCCUACAACGUGAACAUGGCCUUGGCGGGCGGCCCGGGUCCUGGCGGCGGCGGUGGCGGCGGCAGCGGUGGCGGGGGGUCGCUGAGCGCUGCGGGGGUGAUCCGGGUGCCAGCGCACAGGCCGCUAGCAGGAGCCGUGGCCCACCCGCAGCCCCUGCCCACUGGCUUGCCCACCGUGCCCUCUGUGCCUGGGGUGCCGGGUGUCAACAACCUCACUGGCCUCACCUUCCCCUGGAUGGAGAGUAACCGCAGAUACACAAAGGACAGGUUCACAGGUCACCCCUAUCAGAACCGGACGCCCCCCAAGAAGAAGAAGCCACGCACGUCCUUCACGCGCCUGCAGAUCUGCGAACUGGAGAAGCGCUUCCACCGCCAGAAGUACCUGGCCUCGGCCGAGCGUGCCGCCCUGGCCAAGGCGCUCAAAAUGACCGACGCGCAGGUCAAAACCUGGUUCCAGAACCGGCGGACGAAGUGGAGACGGCAGACUGCGGAAGAGCGAGAGGCCGAGAGGCAGCAGGCGAACCGCAUCCUCCUGCAGCUACAGCAGGAGGCCUUCCAGAAGAGCCUGGCGCAGCCGCUGCCCGCUGACCCACUGUGUGUGCACAAUUCGUCGCUCUUCGCCCUGCAGAAUCUGCAGCCGUGGUCUGACGACUCGACUAAGAUCACUAGCGUCACGUCCGUGGCAUCGGCCUGUGAGUGAGCCUGCCCACUCUGUCCUGCGGGACCUCAGACCUAGUCGGGCGUCGCCAAGGCCUGAGAGGCAGGACUCUCCUCCACUCCUCCCCGCCUCGGACUGACUGCAAGCGGGAGGGGGACGCGGCGAACUCUCACACAGCCUUCGUACUCAAGACGACACUUUUCUCUUUGGUGGAAGAGGGCUCAGGAUAGGGACCUGCGACCCCCUCCUAGACGCCUAUGCUGUCCCACUCCCUCCCCGAACUGUUAGUCUUCUCGGUUCACGUCUAUUUCAUUUUAAUUUUUAAUGUGGAACCAAGAGAGAGAGGCGAGGGAGGUGGGGGAAGAGCUUCUGGGGUCCCCAGGGCUGCCAUCUUAACUUACCCUGGGAAACUUCCUCUCCGCUUCCCACUUUUCAUCACACAUGGACACCCAUAGGCCCACACAAAGGCAAUGUCACAGUCCCUAGAACCACACAGGGAUCUAUGGCAGAGUGUCAUGCACACAGAGUCAUAGCCUUCCCACCCUUGACCCUCACUAUCAGACGUGGGCGGGGUGACCCUUACACGUUCAGAACAGCAUGGCACUUCCCCCCUCACACACAAACACAAGGCCACGGCCACACUGUGACACACAACCACCACCAGCACCACCACUGCCACCCCCCAUACACACGACAGCCACCGCAGCCUCACUCGGCCUGCCAGGCCCCCACCACAUGUCCCAGCCGCACCCAGGAACAUACGCACAGACAGGUUUCCACACAGUCCAUUUCUCAAAAUCCUGUUGGGGGGAGGGGUUAAGUUAUGCACUUAUAAGGUGUUUUCUGUGUAACCAUUUUAUAAAGUGCUUGUGUAAUUUAUGUGAAAAAAAUAAUAAAACCCUCCGGAUCGGAUCCGGAGUCAGGGCCGCCUGCUCCUUGCCGAGCCACCAUUUUUCAGCUAUUUGGGUUUGGUGUGAGCUGGUGCUUUGAGGCAGCCACUGGUACCUGAGCUUGAGGGACAUACGGGAACAGGACCCUCGGGCUCUGAUGGGAAGAAAGAAGAAGGACAAACAGAGAAGGCAGAGUUAAGGAGACAGCCUGAGAUUACUAGUGCUUGAGAGGAAGUGGAUUUCUCUGAGUGUGAGAAUUACAUGUUUGUGACUGUGUGGGCAAUCAGGACGUUACUGAUGGUGAAUGUUUGUGAUGGUGUUUAAGGGUGUUUGCGAUUCUUGUACCUAAACGCUUGUUUCUGCUUAAGUUGCAAAUCGAAACUAUCACUGUGUGCACGGGCUUGUAGUGGUAUGUGUAUAACCACAUGUGAAUGUGACUGUCUUUUUGGGUAAUCUCGUGAUUACCCAUUUUAUAUACCGUGUUAAUAUUUGUGAGAAUAUGUAUUAGUUUUUCUUUGUAAAUCUAUUUUUUCUUAAAUGUGUGAAUGUUUAUGAUGUGGAUCAUGGUUAAUUGUAUGAGCAUAAUUGUGAGAUGUAAUCCUGUGAGAGCUGUGUAUUUUAACUGUAUUUGCUCACGUGUGACAGGAUAUAAUUGGGGGAACAAGUGUAGUGGGGAGUGUGGAUCAUGGUGAGAGACUGUCCCUGCAAGUGAGUGUGUGUGGCUGCAUGUGAGUGGGUACAAUGGUGUACUGGUGGUGUAUGUGGUGGUGAGAGUCUAGUGCAGAUACAUUGUGGACGACCAGCAUCUGCUAGAAGUUCUGGGGUUCCAGUCCCCUACCAGCAAGCUGCAGAGACUAAGGCAUACUGGAUCCUCUCUGGUGCUCUAAGUGGGACCUCCCAGCAGUAGCCUGGCAUACAGGUAUCUAAAGAAGUGACUUCCUGGGGGCCUCCAGGGCAUCACCAGACCACUUUUGGACCAGAACAGCGGGCACAGUACACACACACCCAUAACAUCUAGUCCCUGACCUAUUAGACCAAUCCUAGAUGAACGAAACUAACUUGGGUCUGCUUUUCUAGAAGAAGCUGGGUGGUGGGUGGCUUGGGGACCUCACCAUCCUACCAGUGAGUUGGAGUAGGGGGAUAGGAGGCUUUUUCUGGAAGAGUGGGAGAAAUUUGUGGUUAGAAAGUAGAAGUUAGUAGGGUGUGCAGCUUGCACAGGUCUACAGAGAUGUGUGCACAGAGACUAAGGGUGGGGGGAGCCACCCAAACUGUCAGAGCCACUGUUCUUCAUUCCUGCCUGGCAGCCAUCUGGGGUUGUGAUACAGGGACAAAGAGCACAGCAACCUCCAACCCAAAGAAGCCCAAGGGGCAAUUUGGCUGAGUGAGGCUGG